CAACAAUGGCCGCAUCCCCUGCUGCAGCUGGCGCAGAGCCUAUGGACCAAGAUAAGUGGGCUCCUUCAGAUCAGGACGCUAUGGGUCCUGCGGGUGACGGUGCUGGUAACGGUGCUCCUCCGCCUUCGGAUGACCGGAUGGCCCAGGAUACCGAGAAUCCUGACUACAGUCGCAGCGCUAACGGCGGUGAAGCGGCUGCUCCUGAUCCCCCUGGAAGUGCGAAUGGGAAGUCUGGCUCUGAGCGCCGCGAAAAACAAGUAAAGCCGAAUAAGGUCUACAUUGGCGGCUUGCCUGAACAUACGCGCCGGGAAGACCUUCAAAGUUGCUUUGGAAAGAUUGGCAAUAUAGUCAACAUCGAACUGAAAAUUGGCUAUGGUUUUGUCGAAUUCGACAGUAAAGAAGCUGCGGAGGAGAGCGUUGCUAAGUACAACGAGGGUUAUUUCAUGGGAAAUAAAAUCCGUGUCGAGCUCUCCCAUGGUGGAGGUAGGACCCAAAAAUACUCUAGUGACCCUGGCGCUUGCUUCAAAUGCGGCCAAUUGGGUCAUUGGGCAAGGGAAUGUCCCAACCAUCCCCUCUCAGGUGGUGGUGGACGCCGUGACUCAUCCCUCAUAGACCGCAUUCAGCCACCCCGUGAUUAUCUUCCACCUCCCCCAAGGGACUACCCGCCCUACAGGGAUGAUUAUGGGAGGUACCCGCCUCCUCCUCGGGAUCCUCGCUACUACGAUUAUCCCCCUCUGCCUCCUCCGGGACGUGAGUAUAGAAGACCGCCUACGCCGCCCAGAGACUACCGUGAUUACCCUGGUGCACCCCCUCCGCGCUCCUCUCGUGACCCUGAGGAUUUCAGAGGCAGGCCGCCUCCUCCUCCUCCUUCGUCUCGCUACGAGUCUAGACCUGGCUAUUAUCCUCCGGAUGAUCUGCCCCCGCCAGGGUAUCCCCCUCGUGGAUAUCCCCCGCCUCCGCCCCCUCGAGACUACUAUGAUAGAUAUGAGCGGAGGCCACCCCCUCCUGGGGAGAGGUAUGGAUCUUACCCUCCUCCUAGCGCUAGCGCCAGGCCAAGGACCCCGCCUGGUGCUCCCCUUCCCCCUCCCCGCGCUCGCGACGACUACGAGAGGCCUCCGCCAGCACGUGACUAUCCUCCACCGCCUUCGGAAGGUCGCGCCCGCCCAGUAAGUCCGCCGCCUUCGCGUUAUGCGGACUAUCCUCCUCGGGCAGGUAGCACUGAAGCACCACCUGCGCGGUACCGAGUCCUCCUCCUCGUGGUUCUUCCAGUGCUGCAGGCUAUGACUCUGGUUACCCACCUAGUUCUCGUGCUCGGGACUUGGGUUAUGCUGGCGGUGGCGGACCUCCAUCUCCCCCAAGGAGCAGUAGCGCUCGCGACUAUCCUCGCAGUUCUCGAGAUGUUCCUGAACCGUCUGGCGGUUACAGCAGGAGGCCCUAAAUUGCUAUCUCUAAAAAUCGACUGUGCUUUGCAUGGCGGCUCUGGCUCCGCGGCUCUUCGCCCUAUGUCUUCCACUAUAUGGCCUUGA